AUGGAGACGGACUUGGCGGACGAAGACAUGCGUAUAGAGCCGACACGGGCCAAGCAGUUGGCAGACAAUCUCCUGUCUGUGACGAAUCGUAUCGAGAAGAUCGAUGGCAAUGCAAGCUCACGAUACGAGGUCCGCCUAGUCGCAGUAUCGAAGCUCAAGCCCGCCAACGAUAUCCUCGCCCUCCACCAAGGACCGCAUGCGCACCAUGACUUUGGCGAGAACUACGCCCAAGAGCUGACCGAGAAGGCGGCGCUGCUGCCGAAGUCAGUGCGAUGGCACAUGAUUGGUGCGUUGCAAACAAACAAGUGCAAGCCGCUGGCGGAGCAAGUCCCAAACUUGUUCUGUGUCAGCAGCGUUGACACGGCCAAGAAGGCGGACGCACUUGAGAAAGGCCGUGGGGCCAUUGUUGAGAAGCAGGGUUUGCAGAGCCAGCUGCGAGUGCUGGUGCAGGUCAACACCUCUGGAGAGGCGGAGAAGAGCGGCGUUGAGCCCGAUCAGGCUGCUGAGUUGUGUCGACACAUUCGGGACGACUGUCGGAACCUGAAAUUGGCUGGCUUGAUGACAAUCGGCGCCAUCGCGCGCAGUCAGGCGGCAGAUUCGCAGGACGCUAUCAACGAGGACUUCUUCACGCUACGGGAAACGCGAGACAACGUGGCAAAGGAACUCGGUAUCGAGCCUAGCCAGCUCGAACUCAGUAUGGGCAUGAGCUCCGACUUUGAAUCUGCAAUCGCUCAAGGUAGUGAUGAGGUGCGGAUAGGCACAACGAUCUUUGGUGAUAGACCGGCCAAGAAAGAUGCCGAGUUGACAGUUCGACACCACGAGUGA